AUGAAAUACCUCGUAAUUUGUGGUGGAACUGUUAGUGGCAUUGGCAAAGGCACCAUCGUAAGUAGUAUUGGAGUAAUAUUAAAAGCCUGCGGCUAUAAGCUUACUGCAAUUAAGAUUGAUCCAUAUCUAAAUAUUGAUGCAGGAACAAUGAGCCCAUAUGAGCACGGCGAGGUAUUUGUGCUAGACGAUGGUGGAGAAGUGGACUUGGACUUAGGAAAUUACGAGAGGUUUUUGAACCUGACCCUCACCUGGGACCACAACAUUACCACUGGAAAAAUAUACAAAAAUAUAAUAGAAAAAGAAAGGCGUGGCGAUUAUCUCGGGAAAACUGUUCAGGUUGUGCCUCACGUAACAGACGAAAUUCAGAACUGGAUUUUCAGGGUUUCCCAGCAGCCUAUUUUUGACAGAGACACAAAUGAGGAGUCAAAGCCUGAUAUCUGCUUGGUAGAAGUGGGAGGGACUGUCGGAGACAUUGAAGGCGCGACUUAUUUUGAAGCUCUAAGACAGCUUAUUUUGAAGGUAGGACUUGAGAACGUUUGCUUGAUUUUCACAAGCUUCGUUCCUUAUCUUCGAGGAUCAGGAGAAUUGAAAACAAAACCGACGCAGCAUGGAAAUAAAGAAUUAAGAUCACUUGGCCUAAUUGCUGAUAUGAUAGUCUGCAGAAGCGAAGUCCCGCUAGAUAUGGCCACAAAAGAAAAAAUCGCUUUAUUUACUAAUGCAAGACCAGAUCGUGUUUUCUGCUGCGAAGAUGUGAAUACAGUCUAUAAGGUCCCAGUCCAGCUUGAAAGCCAAGGGAUUUCUAAACAAAUUUGUGACAAGCUAAAUAUAGAAUGGCGCGUUCCAAACCUUUCAAGAUACAUUAGUUAUGUAAGCUUAUGGGAGAGACUCAAAGAAGACAACACAACAGUGACAAUUGUAAUAGUCGGGAAAUACACAGAAAGCCAAGACGCCUAUAUGUCGCUUGUUAAAGCUCUUUUCCAUGCUGCGAUGGCCUGCAAGCGAAAAUUGAACCUUACUUGGGUAGAAUCUGAAAAUUUAGAAAAUCCUGAACAUCCUGACUGGGAAAAAGUUUAUCAAAGUCAAGGAGUUUUGGUGGCCGGAGGAUUUGGAGGAAGAGGUGCAGAAGGGAAAAUAUUGACGGUUAAGUAUGCAAGAGAAAAUAAAAAACCUAUGCUAGGGAUUUGCUUAGGAAUGCAGAUGGCUGUUAUAGAAUAUGCACGAAAUGUGCUAGGGCUGAGUGCUAAUUCAACUGAAGUUGAUGAGCAUACAGAGAAUCCAGUUAUAAUUGACAUGCCUGAUUUUGAUAAAGAAAACAAAGGACAUACCAUGCGACUAGGCUCAAAGCCUACAAGUUUGACUCAAGAUUCGUUAGCAUACAGGCUUUAUAAUGGGUCAUCUGUAGUAUGGGAAAGGCAUCGUCACAGAUUUGAAGUAAACCCUCAAUAUAUCACUAGAUUUGAAGAAGCCGGGCUAAUUUUCUCAGGCAAAGACCCUACCAAUACCAGAAUGGAAGUAGUUGAGCUUUCUCAGCAAACCCACCCAUUCUUCCUCGGGACCCAAUACCACCCCGAAUUCAAGACCUCCCCAUUCACCCCAUCUCCUAUCUACUACGGUUUCAUUUUAGCAGCCAUUAACCUCUUGCCUUCUGGUUUAAUCGACUCGCGGCAUAUAGAGUUUAAUUAA